AUGACGAGCUCCACUCUGGACGCACUCGCUUCCACGUCCACAGAACAGCGCAAACUCCUCUUCAAAUGCGAACAUCUACAACGCAUUGGUGCUUUCAAGAUUCGAGGAGCCAUGAAUGCAGUGCUCCAGCUGUCGCCCGAGCAGCUGGAGCACGGUGUGGUGACCCAUUCUUCGGGUAACCAUGCACAGGCACUUGCUCUGGCAGCGCGAGAAGCAAAAUCUAGUGCCUUUGUCGUCAUGCCAUCGACGUCGCCGCAAGUCAAGAAGGACGCGGUGGCUGGCUAUGGAGCUCAAGUCACAGAAUGCCCACCUACUCUGGCAGAUCGCGAACGCACAGCUCAGGAGAUUGUCGACCGAACAGGAGCAACGUUCAUUCACCCAUACAACGACCCGAGAGUAAUGGCAGGUCAAGGUACUCAAAUGCUGGAGCUCCUUGAACAAGCCGCCGAAUCUGGUCACGCACCGCUGGAUGCGGUUUUGGUGCCAGUUGGCGGUGGUGGUAUGUUGUCCGGUUGCGCAACUGUGGCAAAGGCCUUGUCGCCUGGUACGCGUGUCUUUGGUUGCGAACCAAUCUUGGCGGCAGAUGCAGCCGAGUCGCUCAAGACAGGCAUCAGGCAACCCCAGCGACCGCCAGUCAGCUGUGCAGAUGGACUAUUGACUGCGCUCGGCGAGAAUGGUUUUGCUGUCAUUCAGCAACAUGUUGAUGCCAUCUUUACAGUCACAGAGGAGGAGAUUAUCAGGGCAAUGAACUUUGUAUGGGAGCGAAUGAAGCAAGUCAUUGAACCAUCUGGAGCAGUUGGGGUCGCUGUUGCGCUGUACAACAAGGAAUUCAGGGCACUUCAGGGCAUCGACAAUGUUGGUGUCAUCCUUUGCGGCGGUAAUGUGCAGCUAGACCGUGCAGCUGCUUUAUUCGCCAGUCUG